UUCAACGGCAGUAGGAGAAAGGUCUCAACAAAGACUAUUGGGAGCUCCUCACUCCUCAAGCAUAGAUUUCCAGUUUUGAGGUAAGUCGUCCCGGGCGAGAUUUCUCUGUAAUGUGCCUCUCCGGCUUCAGAUUCAUGGGCUUAACCGAGGGAUCGAAAAGGCGUCUGUGAGGAAUUGGGUUCAUCUUAGCUUUCCACUGGUAAACCUCUAGAAGAUCAGUUCUUUUCAAGGAACUUUGUAGAAAUGGGACGUUUAAAGCUACAAGCUGGUAUCAAUGCAAUAGAGGAGGAACCUGAGGAAUAUGAUGAUGCAUAUCCUAGCAAAACUACUUUAGCGUGCAUGAUCAAUUCUGAAAUUGGUGCUGUUAUGUCAGUCAUGCGAAGAAAUGUUAGAUGGGGAGGCCGUUAUAUGUCUGGUGAUGAUCAGCUGGAGCACUCCCUUAUUCAAUCUUUGAAGACCUUAAAGAGGCAAAUAUUUUCAUGGCAGCAUCAGUGGCAUGCUAUCAGCCCAGCCUUGUAUCUCCAGCCUUUUCUGGAUGUAAUUCGAUCAGAUGAAACUGGUGCACCAAGUACCAGUGUUGCUUUGUCAUCUGUUUAUAAGAUCUUAACUCUUGAUGUGAUUGAUCAAAACACUGUCAAUGUUGAGGAUGCCAUGCACCUGGUGGUUGAUUCUGUCACUAGCUGCAGAUUUGAGGUGACUGAUCCUGCAUCAGAAGAAGUGGUUUUAAUGAAGAUACUACAAGUUUUUGUGGCAUGUAUGAAAAGCAAAGCAUCUGUGAUGUUGAGUAACCAACAUGUUUGCACCUUAGUGAAUACUUGUUAUCGAAUAGUUCAUCAAGCAGGAGCAAAAAGUGAGUUAUUGCAGCGGAUAGCACGCCACACAAUGCAUGAACUUAUUAGGUGUAUUUUCUCGCAUCUUCAAGAUGUUGGCAACACAGAGCAUGCAUUGGUAAAUGGAAGCUCUACUUUAAAACAAGAGAUUGGAGCAUUAAAUAACGAGUAUGCUUUUGGAAGCAAACAGUUAGAGAAUGGGAGCAUGAAUUCUGAAUAUGAUAAUCAGUCGUUACCCACAGACUCUGCUGCCGGUGCUGCAACUGUGAUUGAUGAAAACACAGCUAUUGCUAGUAGUGGCAAGGGGACUGUACCUUAUGACAUGCAUCUUAUGACUGAACCAUAUGGAGUUCCCUGCAUGGUGGAAAUAUUUCAUUUCCUGUGUUCUUUGCUGAAUGCUGAGCAUAUGGAUAUGGGUCCUAGAUCAAAUACAAUAGCCUUUGAUGAAGAUGUUCCCCUUUUUGCCUUAAAUUUAAUUAAUGCCGCGAUAGAAUUGGGAGGGCCUUCCAUUCGCCAACACCCCAGAUUGCUGAGCUUAGUUCAGGAUGAAUUGUUCCGUAGUCUGAUGCAGUUUGGUUUAUCAACAAGUGCCCUUAUACUUUCAAUGGUGUGUAGCAUUGUUCUCAACUUGUACCAUCAUCUCCGAGCUGAACUAAAAUUGCAACUUGAAGCAUUUUUUUCUUGUGUCAUUUUGAGGCUUGCACAAAGCAGAUAUGGCGCUUCAUACCAGCAGCAAGAGGUUGCCAUGGAGGCCGUUGUUGACUUCUGCAGGCAAAAAACAUUCAUGGUAGAUAUGUAUGCUAACUUUGACUGUGACAUUACUUGCAGUAAUGUCUUUGAAGACCUUGCUAAUUUGUUGUCAAAAAGUGCAUUUCCUGUAAACUGCCCUUUGUCUUCUAUGCACAUUCUUGCUUUAGAUGGUCUCAUUGCUGUUAUACAAGGAAUGGCUGAAAGGAUUGGCAAUGGAUCUAAUAUUUCAGAACAUUCACCUGUGAAUCUUGAAGAGUAUACUCCCUUUUGGAUGGUUAAGUGUGAGAAUUACAACGAUCCAAAUCACUGGGUCCCUUUUGUCCGUCGAAGGAAGUACAUGAAGAGAAGAUUGAUGAUUGGAGCUGACCACUUUAAUCGGGACCCUAAGAAAGGUCUAGAGUUUCUACAAGGAACACAUCUUUUGCCUGACAAACUUGAUCCCCAAAGUGUUGCUUGCUUUUUCAGGUACACUGCUGGGCUGGAUAAGAAUCUUGUUGGUGAUUUCCUAGGAAAUCAUGAUGAAUUUUGUGUUCAGGUUCUUCAUAAAUUUGCUGGAACAUUUGAUUUCCAAGAUAUGAAUAUAGACACUGCUUUGCGUCUCUUUCUUGAGACAUUCAGACUACCAGGAGAAUCGCAAAAGAUCCAGAGAGUGCUUGAAGCCUUUUCUGAAAGAUACUAUGAGCAGUCACCACAUAUUCUUGCUAACAAGGAUGCUGCCCUUGUAUUGUCAUAUUCACUCAUAUUGCUGAAUACAGAUCAGCACAAUGUGCAAGUUAAGAAGAAGAUGACAGAAGAAGACUUUAUUCGUAAUAAUAGGCAUAUAAAUGGUGGCAAUGAUCUACCUCGAGAGUUCCUAUUGGAGCUUUAUCAUUCAAUUUGUAAGAAUGAGAUCCGCACUACCCCUGAUCAGGGUGCUGGAUUUCCUGAAAUGACUCCAAGUCGGUGGAUUGAUCUGAUGCACAAAUCAAAGAAAACUGCUCCAUUUAUUGUAUCAGAUUCCAGAGCCUACCUUGAUCAUGAUAUGUUUGCUAUAAUGUCAGGCCCAACAAUUGCUGCCAUAUCUGUGGUAUUUGAUCAUGCUGAACAUGAAGAAGUAUACCAAACUUGUGUGGAUGGAUUCUUAGCUGUUGCUAAAAUUUCAGCUUGCCAUCAUCUUGAAGAUGUUCUGGAUGAUCUAGUUGUGUCUCUUUGUAAGUUCACUACCCUUUUGAACCCAUCGUCAGUGGAGGAACCGGUCCUAGCGUUUGGAGAUGACACAAAAGCAAGAAUGGCGACUGUAACAGUUUUUAGUAUUGCUAAUAGGUAUGGGGAUUACAUCCGCACAGGAUGGAGAAAUAUACUUGAUUGUAUUUUAAGAUUACACAAGUUAGGACUUCUUCCUGCCCGUGUAGCCAGUGACGCAGCUGAUGAGUCAGAGCUUUCUACUGAGACUGGGCAUGGGAAACCUAUAGCAAAUUCUUUGUCAUCAGCUCAUAUGCCAUCCAUUGGUACUCCGAGGAGAUCCUCAGGAUUGAUGGGGAGGUUUAGUCAGCUCUUGUCUCUUGAAACUGAAGAGCCAAGGUCACAACCUACUGAACAACAACUUGCUGCUCAUCAGCGAACCCUGCAAACAAUACAGAAAUGUCACAUUGACAGCAUAUUCACCGAGAGUAAAUUUUUGCAAGCUGAAUCUCUAUUGCAACUUGCAAGAGCACUUAUAUGGGCAGCAGGGUUUCCUCAAAAGGGGAGUAGCACACCUGAGGAUGAAGAUACUGCUGUGUUCUGCCUGGAGUUGUUGAUUGCAAUCACUUUGAAUAAUAGGGAUAGAAUUGGAACACUUUGGCAGGGUGUGUACGAGCAUAUUUCCAAUAUUGUUCAGUCAACUGUAAUGCCUUGUGCACUGGUAGAGAAGGCUGUUUUUGGACUUCUAAAGAUUUGCCAGCGGUUGCUUCCCUACAAGGAGAGCAUUGCUGAUGAACUUCUGAGGUCCCUGCAGUUAGUUUUGAAGCUUGAUGCUCGAGUUGCUGAUGCGUACUGUGAACAGAUUACACAGGAAGUCAAUCGCCUUGUGAAGGCAAAUGCUUCUCAUAUCAGAUCACAGUUAGGAUGGCGUACAAUUACAUCACUACUUUCCAUCACAGCUAAGCACCUAGAAGCAUCUGAGGUUGGGUUUGAGGCACUAUUGUUCAUAAUGUCAGAUGGAGCCCACUUGCUACCAGCUAAUUAUGUUCUCUGUGUAGAAGCUGCUAGGCACUUUGCUGAAUCUCGAGUUGGACAGGCAGAGCGGUCUGUACGGGCACUGGAUCUUAUGGCAGGGUCUGUCGAUUGCUUAGUUCAGUGGACUAGUGAGGCUACACAGACAAUGGGGGAGGAGGAAGUGUCAAAAUUGUCUCAGGACAUUGGAGAGAUGUGGUUAAGGCUAGUGCAGGGACUAAGGAAAGUGUGUUUAGACCAGAGAGAGGAGGUUAGAAACCAUGCUAUAUUAUCACUGCAGAAGUGCUUGACUGGAGUUGAUGGUAUUUAUCUCUCGCAUAGUGUGUGGUUGCAGUGUUUUGAUCUGGUCAUCUUCACUGUGCUUGAUGAUCUACUUGAAAUUGCACAAGGACAGUCUCAAAAGGAUUACCGCAACAUGGAAGGAACCCUUAUCUUUGCGAUGAAGCUCUUGUCUAAAGUAUAUCUUCAGUUACUCCAAGACCUAUCACAGCUGUCAACAUUUUGCAAAAUAUGGUUGGGGGUGCUGAGCCGAAUGGAAAAAUAUAUGAAAGUGAAAGUUAGGGGUAAGAAGAGUGAGAAGCUUCAAGAGCUAGUGCCUGAGCUUCUAAAAAAUACCUUACUUGUAAUGAAGACAAGGGGCAUUCUGGUGCAGAGGAGUGCCUUAGGCGGUGAUAGUUUAUGGGAAUUGACAUGGCUACAUGUGAAUAACAUUGCUCCAUCAUUGCAAUCUGAGGUGUAUCCUGAGCAGGAUUCUGAGCAUUUGCAACAUGAAAAGGGUGGUUCGAAUGAAGGUUUGGAGCCUGUUGAAGUGGGUUCUGUUAGUCCCAAUGACACAGCCAAACGUGAAGAUUCUGCCCUUGUUGGUUAAUUAUAGCAUAUUAAUGGCAAGUCUUCCGGAACCAAUUUUGCUGUCUGCCUGCAUGAAUUCAUGAUCCCAUCCGUGCCUUGGUAAUUUUUAACUUCUCAUUAAAGGUUGUCUGGGUUCUUAUACUGAAUUUGCAGAAUAUUGUGGAUUGCAUUCACAUCUUAAUUUUGGCUGGAGCUAUUAGUUCAAACUAGUAAAGGAGGGAAACCAUGUAAUGAUAGUUGUUGUUAAUUGGUAUUCCCCCUUGUAUUUGCCUCACGGACGCUUGAGAUUACUGUAACUCCUGAAUGAGUAUAUGUGAUAGUUAUAGCUUUGAGUACCAUUAGAUUUCUGCCCUUCUAAUAGGGUACCAUGGAGAUUUCCUAUGCCGUUAGCGCUACGCCAGGGACAGCUAACUGCCAUAUUUAGAAGCAUAAUCUUUUUGUACAGAAUUAGAAAUUUUUCCUCACUGAAAGAUGUAUUUCCCUUGGGGAAAGAGUUCUCAGUUGUGGCCUUCAAAUCUCCCCUACAGUAUCUCAGGCAAAAAGCCCCUCAAUGUGGAUCAUAAAAUUUGUAGAAAAUACAAAUAUUAUAUAAAGGUCUAAUUGCAUUUUUAA